AUGACGUCUCUUCCGACGACCCCCCGGCGGCGGCGGGCGCGGUUCCGGACUCGGCCGUUCUAUAUCUCGACCGGCCUGAUCCUUGCUCUUGUUGCAUUUCACACGUUCAUGCCAGGAGUGAUCGGCCCCUCGAAACUCGACAACAGCAUCAGUCUCGUGCGCCGUGAUGAUGGCAACGCCACCGAGGAUCUCGAGUGUCGCCUCGUGCACCAAGCUGCCGACCAGUGCGCAUUCGUGCUGGCAAACUGCGAAGAUGAAGCGGCUGGUUUGAUACCGUACAUUACUUUCUACUAUUGCUCCAUGCAGCACGUCCAGCCGUUGGCUUUCACCAUCCUUGUCAUCUGGCUUGGCCUCCUCUUCACGACCAUUGGCAUUGCCGCGAGCGACUUCUUCAGCGUCAACCUCAGCACAAUCUCCACUAUACUGGGCCUCAGCGAGAGUUUGGCGGGCGUGACGUUCCUGGCCUUUGGCAAUGGAUCGCCGGACGUCUUCAGCACGUUUGCUGCCAUGGGCUCUAACAGCGGAAGCAUGGCCGUGGGCGAGCUGAUUGGCGCGGCUGGCUUUAUCACAGGCGUGGUCGCCGGGUCGAUGGCGCUCGUGCGCGAGUUCAAGGUCAGCCGCCGCACGUUUGUGCGCGACAUUGCAUUUUUCAUCAUGUCGGUGGCGUUUUCCAUGGUCUUCCUCGCCGACGGCAAGCUCAUGCUGUGGGAGUGCUGUGUCAUGAUCGGCUUCUACUUGUUCUAUGUGUUGACCGUCGUGGGUUGGCACUGGGUAUCGACACGGCGCAAGCGGCAGCGGGCACGCGAGGCAGCCUCGCGUGGCCACUAUUACGGUGCCACGAUUGGCACUGCUGGUCAGAGCGGUGCUGGCGACGAUGACCUAGCCCCUUAUCAUGAUGACGACAACCGGAGUCGGCCCAAUGCCAUCGCAAACGCUCAAGACGGGCUCCCUAUCGACCCCCAUGACGAACCAGAGCCAGACGACACGGCGCCUGUAGGCCGCCGCGAGCGGCCGCCACCUGAUAUUUCCGCCUUGGAACGCGGCCCACGGAUUGAAGUCGACAGUGUCGACAACCCUGGAGAGGCAGACCUGGCCUUCAACAUGGAAGCUCAAGCUGACCAGAUCAGCGAAGAAGAGCAGGACAGGCGGAACCGCCAUAUCACGGCUGAAAUGACCAGCAGCAUGCGUGUCAGCCGGCCAGCUGGACGCCGGAGAACCACGACAACCACCCCCAUUCGGCCUAGCCUGCUCGGUGCCCUCGAGUUUCGGUCUGUCUUGGCGUCGCUUCAGCGUUCGGGAACGAUGCACCUGGACCCCAUCGACCGGCGGCGAAUGACCAGCCAACACCGGCCAAGCCUCUCCCGGGGCCACUCCGUGUCUGUUCUCAACGGUACCAGUACCCUAGAUGGGCACAGUCGCGAAGACGAUAUGAGCCGUAGCUCUCUGCUCCCCCAAGAUGCAUACCGGCGAGGGUCCACUGGAGCUCGCGAUCGAGCCUGGUCGUCCGGCAACAGGCCCUUUAGCUGGACGGAUAGCAGCCACCAGCUCGGCCCACCAUUGCUCCGCUUCACAGAUGCGGGGGAUACAGUACACGAGGAGGAUGCUGCUGCCGCGGCUGCAUCCAGCCUGGGGCCAUCUCCAUUGGGUGGCAGUGAAGCGACAUCUGGCCUGGCAUCACCUGAAAAUGGCGAUGAUGAGGACGAGGACGAGGACGAAGACAUUGAUAGCGAGUAUGCACUUCACGAGACGUUGGAAGCCGAUGGUGCGAACGCUUCCCGUGAACCGCUUAUGAACGGCCAUCGCGUUUCAGUCGGUGCCGCGUCUACACCUACUUUGAAUGUCACCAGGCCGGAGACGGAAUGGCAGCGCUACCGACGGAGCACCCUGACCAACCGGCCCCUGCAGUCGCCGGUGGUCCGGACCAUCCAGGCCGAGCAUGGUGUCGACGCUAGUAACAUCUCGUCGACCGCGGUGUCGAUGGCAUCGGCCGCUAGCAGCAGCGCUCCUCCUCCGGAGCAUGUCCCGGCUAUCCCCACGACACUAUCCAACCCGCCAGCCAAAUCAUCAGAACCUGCUAUUCUCGGCAGCGAGCUUCGUCAAGCUGAGGCCGAAGCUGUGGCGGCGGGCUGGAACCGUUGGCUGGUGACCGUGCAGUUGUUUGCAGGCCCACUGUUCACAGCAUUCAUCGUCUGGGCCAACAUAUCCGAAGACCUGGAAAACCCGUGGCGAAGCCUCUUGUUUAUGAUCGUAGGGUCGCUUGGAGCAUCUUCCCUGAUGCUGGUGGUGCUGUUGGCCGUGACGUCGGCUACACGGCGGCCCAAGUACCACUCUCUGCUGUGCUUCCUCGGGUUUAUUAUUAGUGUGGCCUGGAUCUCGACGGUGGCCGGCGAAGUGGUCGGUGUGCUCAAGGCCUUUGGUGUCAUUGUAGGCAUCUCCGAGGCCAUCUUGGGCUUGACCAUCUUCGCCGUCGGCAACUCGCUCGGCGAUCUGGUGGCCGACAUUACGGUUGCGCGGCUCGGCUACCCAGUCAUGGCGCUGUCUGCCUGCUUUGGCGGCCCGAUGCUCAACAUCCUGCUCGGCGUCGGCGUCGGUGGCGCCUGGAUGACCAUCAAGGCGGCCAAAGCCCACCGGGACCGGCACCCGGACCAGCCGCUGCAUUACAAGCCGUACAUCAUCCAGGUCGGCAGUUCACUGAUGGUCUCCGCCGUCACGGUGCUGAUUACGCUUUUCGUUUUACUAGUAGCGGUGCCCGCCAACCGGUGGGUGAUGAGCCGCAAGAUCGGCCUGGCACUGAUUGGCCUGUGGACUGUGAGCACAAUCGUGAAUGUGGUCCUCGAGGUCACCGGGGCGUGGCGAUAG